AUGAAGGAACACUUGUCCAAGAAGAAUAAGCUCAGUGAUAUGGAAACUAUUGCACUGACAGAAGGCUAUAGUGCUAUUUUGACAAAAAAGUUACCACUCAAAAUGAAAGAUCCUGGGAGCUUCACUAUCCCAUGUUCAAUUGGAAACCAUUAUUUGGGCAAGGCUUUAUGCGACUUGGGAAUUGGUCAUAUGAAACCUACUGUAGUGACAUUGCAACUAGCUAAUCGAUCAUUGGCUCAACCUGAAGGGCAAAUCAAAGUUAUCUUAGUUCCUGUGGAUAAAUUCGUUUUUCUGACUGAUUUUAUCAUACUCGACUGCGAGGUAGACCAGGAGGUUCCCAUAAUCUUGGGGGAUAAAGAAGAAUGUCAUACUGUCGAUGUGGUGGAUGAUCUAAGGAAGAAUUCAAUGAACAAAGCAUAA